ACGCUCAUCAAUUGUUCAGUUCAGCAGCCGUCGUCUUCCUCGUCGUCGGCCGCGCUCUCGAGAUUUCGUGGUUGAUGCGGCCGUGAGUUCCCUCCCCCGAUGGCCGCGCAGUCGCCCAGCUCCUCGCCGCAAGAUGGCGCAGAUGGUUCUGGCGGGGGUGGGUCGUCCGACAAUCUUGUAUUUCAAGCCCCACAGGCAGUACGGGAGGAUUACAUACAGAAUGCUGUCAAGUUUCUCGCGCAUCCAAAGGUGAAGGGUUCUCCAGUAUCUUACAGGUACUCUUUCUUGGAAAAGAAGGGCCUCACCAAGGACGAAAUUGAGGAGGCCUUUCGUCGUGUUCCUGAUCCACAGCCAAACAGUACAGAUGCUACAGCAGUUGUUUCACAACAAGCAAGUAACCCAAAUCAAUCUGCUGUGGUGCAACCUUACACAUCAGUUCAAUCACCACUAGCAACUACUGGCUCUGUCACCACUGGUCAUAUCGUCCCACAAACGCGGACACAAUUUAGCUGGUUCCAUACACUACUAGGGGCUGGUAUUUUUCUUGGAUUUGGAGCUAGUUCUGUUGUCAUCAUCAAGAAUGUGUUCCUUCCUAGGCUAAAAUCUUGGACCCGUAGAGUUGUUUCUGAAGGAGAUGAAAAUGCAGACAAUGAACUGAAAUCCAAGCUUUAUGAUGAAAUUAAAAAGUCUAUGGAAGCUUCCUCAUCAGCCUUUUCUGCUAUUGCCAAAACAAACCAAGAAUUGCUGGCUUCAAAGGACGAAGAUAAGAAGAUACUUGUCAAGUUAACGGAAGCAUUGGAUUAUCAGGCAGAGGUGUUGAAAUCCUUGAGUGAGACCUUAAAUCAGACAAGGGAGAAUCGGUUUUCACAAUACAAUAUGUUGGAAGAGCAUGUUCAACCUGGACCAUGGAAUGGUCCAACCACCAAUUCAUGGAGAGCUUCCCAGCAAACCAAUAUGUACAACAUGACUCCAAAUGGUGAUUUUGACUUGGGAAGGCAGUCGUUCCUGCCAUUACCCGCGGAAUCUACAUCAGGAUCAUUUCCAAGAUCUUAUGUUGAGCAGCGGGUGCCGAGGCCUGGAUAUGGGUUCCAGCCCCAGAUGGGCAAUGACAGAUCAAACCCAGGUAUGCGGGAGGGCUACUACGGUUCUCCUCCGUACUACUCUGGGGGCAGCAAUCCAGUUGAAGCUCCAGCACCAGUACCAACACCAACACCAGUACCAACACCAGUUGUAGAGGAAAGCCCCUUCCAGCGUCGUUGGGUUCCCCCGCAGCCACCGGGCGUUGCCAUGCCGGAGGCCGCGGCCGCUAUUCGGCAGCCAAGGUCCCUUCCAAGACAAGAGUCACAGCCAGAGGCCGGUGCUGCUGAUGCUUCGAGACCGUCUGCCUCCACAGGCGGUGAGCAGAUGGACGGUGGAACUUCUGGUGCUGCGGAUGUCGGGUCGCCAAGUAGCAGUGCUGCUGCUGCUGGAACCAUGGACGGAGGGACCAAUGGUGUGAAUGGUGAAGGGGCCGAAGCCGCUUAAUCUCGACACAUAACUGUAUACUCUAGUUGUAAUCAGCAGUUCGUGUAUAGGGAAAAAUGUGAUUGCGAUUAUGAGUUAUAUUUGUAUCUUUGUUUUCACUGCGUACUUGUAUCUGGAAUUCUGCUUCAAAAAUCUUGUUUCUGAAAUUCCGACUAUGGAGAAGAUUACAGGAAACAGUUGUUUGUUAGCAAUGUAAACUGAUAAUAAGAGUGAUAAAACAAGCAUAGCUUCAGCUGUGAUCUUUCUCUGACCUUUAA